AUGGCUUCAUUCGAUGAAUACUUGACGAUCGGGAAUAUUUUCCUAGUCAUCUUUUUCUUGCUCAUUUUAAAUCAACUGGUUGUGCUGUAUCAGUUUAGGAAAAUGCCGCCAGGACCUCGUUUGACAAGCUUGCCUUUCAUCGGCAAUUUGCUGAGCUUUGAUUCAGGAGAUGGUUUCAUGAAGAUUACAGCAAGGUCUGUUUGCUAAGUGAACAUCACUUUACCGUGGCAGUGUUCAUAUCUUAUUUUUCUCAUUGCGUUUACCUAGUUCUUUUGCCUCUUUGAUUUGUGACUCGUCGUUUCUAAAGAAUCCUACUAGUAGGAGCUAAGGGCCUCGUAUUCUACAGUUGCUCCGAGAUGAGGUCAAAAAGCCGUUCCAAAAGUAUGUAAAGAGGUCAUGGAAUUAUAAACAUUCCGCAUCUGUGUGUAUGAGGAACGAGUCACGAAAUGGUGGUUAAAGUAAAGCCCGCACUUAAAAACAUUCUCGAGAGGAUGUUUGAUGUAAAAAUAAGUUAAUAUCCGCCACACUUUGGACAAACCGAAUAAUAAAAAGCAAAGGAAAUAAGAAAAAAAUAAAUAUCUAUCAGCGAUUGAAAUCUUACAAAUAAUAGCUGAAAGCUAAUUAUGCAAAAUUCAUUGUCAAUCAGAUCUUUUGUUCAAGGGUUUUGUUUUUUAACAUGACCAUGCAAAAUUUUCAAUAACAUUACAAUUACUGUCAUAUUUUAGACAUGUUUAUAAACCUAAGUUAUCUAUCUAUCCAACUUAGGCGAAAAAGAUUUCGCACGCUCAGCAAAAUCGUUUUAUGUUUUAAACUGCGACGUCUUUAAAUUUGGAAGCGAUCUUCGCAGUAAUAACUCUACUAAAGCAGUAUUCAAAAUAAGGCCCGAAAUAUUCAUUUCUUAAAUCGUAGUUCACAUAUAUGAUUUUAAUAUAAUUAUUAACAAUCAUUUAUUCAUCACUUCACGGGUUUAUUGCGAACCAACAUAAUGGUUGGUUCAGUUGGUAGAGCACUGCAUGCACCGCUAUCGCAGAGGUCAUGGGUUCAAAUCCCGUACAGGCCUGUAUUUUUUUCAGGCCUUAUUUUCACUACGGCUUAAGUAGUGUUCAUUACUGCGAAGAUCGCUUCACAUUCAUUUCUUAAACCGCUUUUCACAGUGAUUUUCAUACAUUUACAGUCACUAGUGUUGUCUAUGUCAAAACUUUGAAUUCUUGUGGCCUCUUACCAUCAGUGGGGCAUGAAAUUAUUGGUCAAAUAUCAGUUUUAAGCAGUACUUCGGCACGAGCGUUUCUUCGCUCGCAUAAGAAUACAAGGUUUUGAUCAUACUAGCCUGCAGUUCAGGCGUCUUAUAAGUGCGAGCUAACGUUAUAAUACGGAAGCAAAAGGGACUAUCCAAAAAUAUUUUGCAAAUCCGAAAAAAUAUUUAGAAUCGAUAUAUUUUAGACAAAUCGCUUCUGAAAAGUUUGCCAAAUCGAGAAAUCAAUUUCAAAUCCUGGUUUAAUUCAUAGAUCCACAAAUAACUUUCAUGAAAAUCGAAAAUGGUUUACAAUCCAAGAAUCUUUCCAAAAUCCAGAAAAUCCCAGCAAAUCAAGAAAAAUAUUUUGUCACGUGAUACUUGCACCAGUGGUAAGCACUUUGUCACAAUACAGCACAUCGUGUCGCAUUAGGUCGACUUGGAGUUACUACGUGAACGGACUAAACUGUAACAAGGGUAUUGAGAUGUUCUGCCACAAAUGUGGAAAAGAAUUUGUGAGCAAUGAGCUAUUCUGCCGUCGAUGCAUUGUUCAGUUUUUAGAAAAAAUACCAUGGUAUUUCUGUGAACUUGAGGACUUCAAGGAGAAGGUUGCGUGAGUUUGGGUUGAGAAGGAGAAAUGAAGUCCAUUCAGAGCACGAAGUUUGGGAGAUAAUUAAACGUGAGAUCGAAGGCCCUUCAUCACUUCUUUUUCUGAAAACUGAGCAAUAGUAUCAUAACGAAAUCCUCUUCCAAAGUAAUGUUCAAUGGCAGAUGCCUCAUCUGACGCACUGUGUAACACAUUUUUUGUUCGGGUCUCUUUUAAGUUCCACAUCGACGGCAGAAUAGCUCAUUGCUCACAAAUUCUUCCCCACAUUUGUGGCAGAACAUCACAGUAGACUUGGUACAGUUUAGUCCGUCCGCGCAGUGACUCCAAGUCGACUGUAUCGUGACAAAGUGCUGACUACCGGCGCAAGUGUCUUUGACACAGUUUCUGGUUCUGUUUUCUCAUAGCUUGAGGAAGAAGUACGGGAGAGUGUUCUCAGUGAAAAUUGGAAGCUUCAAAGUUGUAAUUGCCGGGGAUACAGCUUCAGUCAAAGAGUUGCUUGUACGAAAGUCUGCUGAUUAUGCCGGGAGACCUCCUCUUCAUAGCUUCAUGCGUUCUACUUUCGGUAUGUUGAGCUCUAAAUUACAAUAUGUGAUUUGUAAACUAUGUAUAAACUAAACAUUGAAAUUAGUCAGUUCUGGAGUCGUGGCGCAAGGAAUUCUGGGAAAUUGGGGUUAUUUGGAACCAAUUAGGGAAAUCAAAGAUUUCGAAUCAAACACUGGAAAGAGUAAAGCAAAAAAUUAUUCUCAGUGAUAAUCUGGGGAGAGGGUUGCGUAUUAUGGUUAUCUAUGCAACAAUAUUUAUGGACGUGGAAGAAAAGUGACAACCGACAGAUAUACAAAUAGCAGCUUUAUAUAUAAAAAUCGAAUAAUCGAUUAAUUUAGAUCUUCUUUGAAGACGUAACAGUUCCUUUUUGACCCAUUUCAAACUUUAAUCAUAACCAUUACGAUUUCCUCCUAAUGUGAUUGGUACAUUAACAGCUUUAUUUUUUAGUAAUCAUUCUGUGCAACUAUAAUCGGACAGUGUAAUCGGACGACAGUUGGCUGCAAUCGGACACCAGUAAUCAGAUAGUUGAAGCAGCCAAUCAUAUUUGGUCCUUUCAGCCAAAUCCACCAACCACAGAAUUGAUCACAAUAACCACAGCAACAACCACUUGUCCUAUAUAAAACUGUGGAAUUUCCAAAAUUGAGGAACUUUUCACUUAAGAUAUUGUCUCCACCAAAGACAUUUGUCCUAAAUGUAUUUGUUGUUUUCAGAAAUUGUAACGGUUAUGAUUAAUUGGUAACGGGACUUCGUAUCGUCAAAUUCCGACUGUAAUCAUAUAUACUCGCGAUUGACAAAUCGGACUCCCGCUUCGUGGUCGUCCGAUUUUGUUAAUCACUCAUAUGAUUGCAGACCGAAUUGAGCGAUACAAAGUCAUCUUAGCAUUUUUAACCCUUUGACUCCCAGAUCAAAUUUGUAAUUCUCCUUAUUUUCAACCGUACAAUUCGUCUAAUGUUAGUUCAGAGAAUUUAAUAUUGGAUCAACUACUUAUCCCAAAAUUGACAUUUUUCUUUAUUCUCAUCACUUAUCUGGUUGAUAUUGUAUUGAUAUUGUGAGGAGAAAUUCCUUCUUGGUCACUCAUGGGAGUAAAAGGGUUAACGGUAAAUUCUAUCAGUACCCCUACAUUACGGGUUUAACCUUGCAACAAACAAUCAAACCCGCCAUCAAGAUUUAGAUGUUAAGAAUCCCUCGGGUUUCCCCGUGAUCAAGACCAAUUUUUCAUGAUUAUCUUCAAUUCUGCUUUCAAGACGGGAAAGACAUCGCAGCAGGAGAUUACAGUCCGGCCUGGAAGUUUCAUCGAAAGAUCUUCAUAGCAGCCAUUAGACGGUACCUAUCUGAUAAGCAGGUGGUGGAAAAAACAAUUGCUGAGCAGGCAACGAAACUAAUGCAGUACUUUGAAGACCAAAGUUUAAAGGAUUUUGACCCUGCAAACGUCUUGAUGGAGAGCAUUGCCAACGUCAGUUGCCGUAUCUUAUUUGGAAAACGCUUCGACUCAUCGCAUUCUGAUUACAAGGAACUUCUCAAACUGAACGACGAUUUCUUCUCUGAUUAUGACAUUAAUACACAAAGAUUUCUUUUAGAUUUCUUUCCUAUAGCGAAAUUCUUUCCGUUUCGUGCUUACCGACUCAUGUACGAGAUGAUUGAUCAGGUUUACGAAAUUCUACGACGCCAGUUAAAGAUUCAGGAGAAAGAGUCUUCCAACUCGGCAGAAGUUGACAGCCUCACCGGCAGUUUUCUCCAAGAAAAGGCUGCCGCUGAAAAUGAGGUUGGUGCAGAAGAGAGAGCAUCUUUCCUAUCAGAUGAAUAUAUGCUGAGUAACAUGAGAGACAUGUUUGUCGCUGGUUAUGACACCACUAGUUCUACCCUGCGCUGGGCCAUUGCAUUCCUUGUCCAUCAUCCUGAAAUUCAAAAAGAAAUACAAAACCAGCUGGAUGAAGUGGUUGGAAAGGAUCGGAUGCCAAACCUAGAUGAUCUACCAAAUCUUCCCCUUGUCCAGGCCAUGAUCAUGGAAACGCAACGUCUUGGUAAUGUUGCGGAAAACACUCUUCCUCACUACACGCUGAAGGACACUACACUAGCUGGCUUCAGGGUUCCCAAAGAUACUAUCGUAUUUGCUAAUUUAGCGCAAGUUCAUCUUGAUCCAAGCUGCUGGGAGAAUCCGCACUCUUUUAACCCUCACCGUCAUAUUGACGCAGAUGGCCAACUUAUUACCAACACUGGUAACUUUCUACCCUUCUCAGCUGGUCGCCGGGUUUGUGCUGGUGAAGCACUGGCAAAGGUGAGAGAAAUAUGCCAAAUUUAAUUUCUCUACGUGAUUCUGAAAUCUGUCAAAAGUUACAAUCUUUUUCAUGCAAAAUAUCCAUAUGCUCCCUCUUUUUUGUGUUUCAAAAUCUCACUUACAUCUCAUAUGCGAGUUCUUGAUACAAUUAACAAACUGUUUUGUCCAGUUAUGGAUUUAUAGAGUGAGUUUUGUUGCUGUCCAUAAUAUAUAUUGGACGACAUGUUAGACAAGAGGAAGUGUUAAUCAGCCAUGCUUAAGCCUCUAGAUCUGUUACUUGGGGAAACCGGGACAAACUAGCAAGUUCCAGGCGUUCAGUUAGUAACUAGUGGCGAAACAUCAAAUUCCGCAACAAUGGCGGAGGAGUGAAAAAGCGAACGAGGCUUGGAUCGGGUAAUUACGCGGCCCGACCCAAGUCUCCCUCGUUUUUCACUCCUCCUCCACUAUCGCGCUUCGUUUUACCAACAGAAGGCCUGGCACAGGCUACUGACAGACAGUCAACAGAAAUCUUUCUCUUCUCGUAGGUGGAGCUGUUUCUGUUCUUGACGUGGAUGUUGCACAAAUUUACAUUUCUACCAUCUGAGGACGGCACUGUUCCUGACCUCGAGGGGCAUACUGGUCUUACCCAUUUUCCAGCCCUUUACAAAAUUAGGGCCAAAAAACGAUCAUUGUAGCAGACGAAAAUCGGUGCGAAAACUUAAGUCGGGCAAUUUUUUUAAGGUGGAUCCUUGUGAGAAAGGCUACAAAGCUCAAAGACUGACCUAGUCUCGUAUCCAGACCUUCCACGGUCAAGCGGUGGGGAGGUCCUACAUUACAGGAACACGGUAAAAUCUGGCGCGAACUUGUGCAGUGAUAAAUGUACAUUCAGC